GGGGUGGGGUGAUAUGACCGGCUCAAUCCACAGCUCGAAACUACACAUCUCGUUUUCAAUUCUUCAACUCAAUUCUUCAAUCUACAAAACAAAACGAUUCGGAAUUUGACAAUUAUCUGGUGUAAUAAUCCUCAAACACAAUGGCAGAUAUAUCAGGAAAAAGCAACAAGUCAUUCGUUCUCGAAAAGCCUUUCUCUGUUAAAUUUGAGGAGAGGCCAGUUCCCAAACUCGAAUCUGAACACGAUGUUCUCAUUGCCAUAAACUAUACUGGUAUCUGCGGAUCCGAUGUUCAUUAUUGGGUUGAAGGAGCAAUCGGUUCCUACGUUGUGAAAGAUCCUAUGAUUCUUGGCCACGAAUCCGCUGGUACAAUUGUUAGCGUCGGUUCGGCAGUCAAAAGUCUGAAGGUUGGCGAUCGUAUUGCUCUCGAACCUGGUUAUCCAUGUCGUCGUUGUCCAUCUUGUCUUUCGGGUCAUUAUAACCUGUGUCCCGAAAUGCAUUUUGCGGCCACCCCUCCUAUCGAUGGUACUCUUACAGGAUUUUAUUCUUCUCCAGCAGAUUUCUGUUAUAAACUCCCAGAGCAUGUAUCGCUUCAAGAAGGUGCUCUACUUGAGCCUCUUGCUGUAGCAGUCCAUAUUUGCAAGCAAGCUGUGAUUACCCCAGGACAAUCUGUCGUGGUAAUGGGAGCAGGUCCCGUUGGUCUAUUAUGUAUGGCAGUGGCUCGUGCAUACGGAGCAUCUAUCAUCGUCGCAGCAGAUAUCCAACCUAGCCGUCUCGAAUUCGCGAAAUCUUUUGCCGCUACCCACACCUUUACUCCUCAACGUGUCUCCGCCGCAGAGAACGCUGCAACUCUGAAAUCUGAAAUCGGACUUCCAGAUGGCGCAGAUGUGGUUAUAGAUGCCAGUGGAGCAGAACCCUCCAUUCAAACCUCUAUAAAUGUCGUACGUCGCGGAGGAACAUAUGUUCAAGGAGGAAUGGGCAAAGCAGACAUCAACUUCCCAAUUAUGGAACUGUGCACUAAGGAAAUCACGGCAAAGGGAAGUUUCAGAUAUGGAAGUGGUGAUUAUACAUUGGCUCUUCAAUUGGUUAGUACAGGGAAGGUAGAUGUAAAGAAAUUGAUUACUGGCGAAGUGCAAUUUGAGGAUGCGGAGCAGGCUUUCAAGAGUGUGAAGGAAGGAAAGGGGAUUAAGGUCUUGAUCAAGGGACCAAAUGAAAAUUAAAUGUCAUGGAUUGUGCAUAUUGUAGCGUAGGAGUCGAGGUAGGCAGAGUGUAAGCGUUUUGGGAAAUGAAGGGGCAUGGACGAUGAGGGAUCAGGAUAUCCCAUCUGAAGUGCCAAAUUGAAAAUAGGGGAAUCUUGUUCUCUGCAAGUGUAUUAUUGUAUAUAGUUAACUGAAUGAAUAUAUGUCCUCUGUACUAGUA